AUGUUGAUUCCCAAGAAGAACAGAGUUGCUAUUUACGAGUACCUCUUCAAAGAGGGCGUUCUUGUUGCCAAGAAGGAUUUUUUUGCACCCAAGCAUCCUGAAAUUGAAGUGCCAAACCUUCAUGUUAUCAAGGCUUUAACGAGCUUGAAGUCUAAGGGUUUGGUGCGUGAACAGUUUGCAUGGAGGCACUACUACUGGUAUUUGACCAAUGAGGGCAUUCAGUACUUGCGAGAAUUCCUACACCUGCCAGCUGAGAUUGUUCCUGCCACACUCAAGAGACAGACACGCCCAGAGGCACCCAGGCCAACCAGACCUAAGACUUCAGAAGGUCCCCGCUCUGGAGGUACUGAUCGCCAAGAGUACAGAAAGGCUGCAGGACCUGGCACAGACAAAAAGUCUGAGGUUGGGGCUGGAUCACAGCAGUUUGAAUUUAGAGGUGGAUAUGGACGUGGCCGAGGUGGAUUCGGUGGUAGUGCUCCUAGUGAUCAGUAA